AUGGCGGACAAUGCGCCUAUUGAGGUUAUUCGCUCACAUCAAGAUGGCGACAACUCGGAUCGCGAGAGCUCACGGCCAGAGCCUUCAAAUCUGCAGUCGCAGUCACCUGGCACAGCAGCCGACGAGAAAUACAAGAGCGAUGUGCCACCGGAUGGCGGCUACGGCUGGGUCUGUGUUGCCUGUGUGUUCUGGAUCAAUGCGCAUACUUGGGGAAUCAACAGUAGCUAUGGCGUCUUCCUAAGUCACUACCUCUCGCAUAAUGUAUUUCCCAACACCUCAGCCCUAUCAUAUGCCUUUACAGGCGGUCUCAGCAUCUCGUGCGCUCUCCUCGUGGCACCGCUCGCCACGCACCUCAUUCAUGUCUGUGGCACAAGGUUUGUGCUCAACGUCGGCGUCUUCUUCGAGACGCUGUCCCUGAUCGGGUCAUCAUUCGCCACCCAGAAAUGGCACAUCUUCCUCAGCCAAGGCGUCUGUUUCGGAUGGGGCAUGGGGUUUCUCUUCGUGGGUAGCGUCGGCAUCGCCCCGCAAUGGUUUCACAAGCGACGCAGUGUAGCGAUGGGUAUCACAGCCGCCGGGUCCGGGCUCGGCGGCCUGAUCUACUCGCUCGCCGUGGGUGCCAUCAUCCCACGUCUGGGACUAGGCUGGGCGUUUCGCAUCCUGGGAAUCAUUUCGUGCGUCGUGAAUCUGGUGUGCGGGAACCUCCUUCGUGACCGCAACAAGGCCGUCGGCAGCCGCCUCACAGCCUUCCACCUGCCGCUCCUGCGCCGCCCGGAGUUCCUGCUGUUCCUGGGCUGGGGCGUCUUCAGCAUGCUGGGGUAUGUGGCGCUGCUGUUUAGCGUCGCCAACUUCGCGCUGUCUGUCGGCCUCUCCUCACACCAGGGGAGUAUUGUCUCCGCCCUGCUCAAUCUCGGGCAGGGCCUUGGCCGCCCCUUCGUCGGCAUGUUCAGCGACCGGCUCGGCCGCAUCAAUAUCGCCACCCUGCUCACCUUUCUCUGUGGCUUGUUCUGUCUGGUUAUCUGGGUCUUUGCUGACAGCAUGGGCGUCGUCUGUUUCUUCGCCGUGUUGGUUGGCACUGUUGCCGGCACCUACUGGGCCACUGUUUCCCCUGUGCUCGCCGAAAUAAUCGGCCUCAGAGACCUCCCCUCCGGUCUCAGUAUUACCUGGCUGACCCUUGUCUCACCCUGCACUGUCUCUGAGGCUAUCGCUCUGGAGCUCCGAUCCUCCGAUUCACAUGGUGGUACUUCCUACUUGCGUGUCCAGAUUUUCACGGGCUUUGUCUACAUCGGCGCUUCCUUGUGUCUGUGGCUCGUUCGUGGCUGGAAGGUCGGUGAGCUGGAGCGCGCUCAGCAGCGUCGUGAAUCCGUGGCGGGUACCCGCCCUUUCUCCUCGAACAUCGCUGGGAACGAAAAGCAGGACCAGCCUGCGACUGUCUCGUCAGCUUCGGCAACGGAGACUAUGACCGACGCGCAAAUAUGGACGCCAUUUGGCCUGGCACGUCGAAUGGUGGCUCUGAAGCGGGUCUGA